AUGGCUUUUGCAAGAUCAGAAGAAGAGAAGGCAGAGGUGGUGAGGAAGAUGCAUGGUGCAGCUUCAAUAGUUGUCCUGAUUCUGAUGGUGGUCAGCCUGAGCGACCCAGUUGUCACAGAGAAGGUGCACGCCAGCGUCAAGAAUAGACUAGGAAGUGGGAGGAAUAUGAAGGUGCACUGCCAAUCCAAAGACAAUGAUCUGGGCGAGCAGGUAGUGACAGAUGGGAGUGAAUUUGGGUGGGACUUCUCUGUUAAUGCAUGGGGAACCACAUUAUUCUACUGCGACACGGAGUGGGAAAAAGUACAGGGCUAUCAUUUUGAUGCAUAUUCCUUUGAGAGGGACUAUGUUCGAUGUGAGUCUCAAUGCGCUUGGCUGAUUUCAGAGGAAGGCAUCUAUGCUUUGAAUGGGAUUACUGGAUUCUGGGAAUUUUUUUACGGUUGGUCUGAUUGA